AUGUCUUGGUUUCAAUGGACAAUCAUUUCCCUAUUCGUUUGCAUCCUCCUGCUCGCAGUUACCAUCUACAAUAGCAGAAAAUCAGGCCUCUCUCAUAUCCCCGGCCCCUUCCUCGCACGCUAUACAGACGCAUGGAACUUAUGGCUCGCCUGGUCAACACUCCACAACGGGACCGGCCCUUCCUCCUAUCGCAAGCUUCAAGCAAAGUACGGCAGCGUUAUACGGACAGGUCCCAAUUCCGUCACUGUCCUGGACCCAUCCGCUGUGCCAACAAUAUAUGGCGUUCGGUCCCAUCUUGCCAAGAGUCCAUCUUAUAUUCCCUUCCGCCAACCCAACGUGACCACCAGUCUGCUCAGUAUACCGGAGGAACACGUACAUGCCAAGUACCGAAAGCUCGUCUCGAAUGCCUACUCCAUGAGCUCAAUCAAAGGGUACGAGCCGUAUGUGGAUCAGACGGUGGCUCGAUUUGUGGAAGUGUGUCGAGAACAUGCUGAACGCAAAGAGCCGAUCAAUUUCAGUGUAUGGUGUCAUUACUACUGUUUCGAUGUGAUCUCAAUCCUCACGUUCGGGUAUUCUCUCGGCUUUCUUGAAGGAAAAGAUUCACUAGGUCUGAUCCAAAGGAUCAAAUAUUUCAGAGACUACACCACCCUCGUCUCCCAGAUGCCAUGGUUGCAUAAGAUCUUCAGUGACAAUUUUCUUCUUAGGAGUCGCAAACGCUCUGCCUUCAUGGAUUUAGUUAGAGAUCGCAUCCGCGGUCGCAUGCAAGAGUUCAAAGAGGAAGACAAGGAGAGACCAGACUUCCUAUCCCACUUACUCGCAUCCCACUUUCAACAUCCUGAGACCAUGACCGAGCAGCAAGUGAUGAUCUUCGCAUCUGGGAAUUUCAUUGCCGGCGGGUUCAGUCCAGCUGCUACUCUCAACGAAUUGUGCUAUUACCUGGUCACCCAUCCAAACUCACAGGACAGGUUGUUCGCGGAAGUACAGCAAGCUGGAAGCCCCACUACUUUUGACGAGCUCAAGAAUCUGCCAUACUUGGAGGGCGUUAUCAGAGAAGCAUAUCGAUUGCAUAGCUCCACUUCCGGGACGUUCCAGAGAGUGACGAACCCAGACGGCCUUGUCCUUCCGAAUGGUUGCAGUCUGCCUGGGUCGGCAUAUGUGGGUUGUCCGUCUGCUACGAUCAAUAGAGACACGACUAUCUUCGGUCCAGAUGCAUAUGAGUAUAACCCAGAAAGGUGGUUGCAGGGUCCGAAUGAGAACAGUGAUGAGUAUUCUGAGAGAAGACGGGCGAUGGAUCGAGCUGAAUUGUCGUUUGGUCAAGGCUCUCGAUCCUGUAUCGGGAAGAGUGUUGUUGCAUUGGAGAUGUUCAAGGUGAUUGCCUCCUUAGUGAGUCACUUCAAGUUCGAGCUGGCUGGGUACCCGCAGAAGUCGGAGGUAAAGGCAUUUGUACACCUUCGAGAAGACGUCAAGAGAUAA